AUGUCGAAAGCGCCGGGCACGAGGGACUCUCUCCGCGCUCAGCCCCCUCUCGCUGCCGGGGAUACCGACGCAACCUCGCCGCCGUCGCCAGCCCCUUCGCCCGGUCUGAGGCGCGCACUCCUCUCCAAACUCCCCGUCAGACACCUCGCGCGAAUCCCGAGGGUCGCAGCGGCAGGUCCUCGCCGGCUCAAGCAGCUUGGUAGCCGUUCCCAGCGAAGGGAUGCCCUCUUCCGCCCGCUCGAGGAGGGCGCUGAGCCGCUGGGAACGUUUGUCGUGAGGGUACACGCCGGGAGGGACCUCGUCGCGAAGGACAAGAACGGUUUGAGCGAUCCCUACCUCGUCAUGCGCUUCGGUCCGCACAGGGUGACGAGUCCAAUUGUACCAAAGACGCUCAACCCGGUCUGGGGCGCUGGCGGAGAGACGGGCAGCCUCGAGGGAGUCGGCGGCGAAGCGAAACUGGAGCUCAAGCUCUUCGACUGCCUCGCUCUCGGCUACGAGCGCAUCGAGAUUGUUUGCUACGACAAGGACAGGCUUGGUAGCGAGUACAUGGGCGAGCUGAGUCUCGGUCUGGAGGAUUGGUGGGGUCGCGAUGCGAAGAAGUGGAAGGACGAGAAGCCUCCGGUCGGCUUUCACGAUAACGAGAACGAGCCCAUCUGGCACACGCUUCGUUCGUCGAGGUCGCGGUCGAGCGUCAGCGGCCAGCUCCUCGUACAGAUUGGCUUCUUGCCAGCGGCGACCACCUCGUCGCGGAAGCUGUCGGAUCAGGACCGUGAGCGCAUCCUCGGCGCUCUGGGGCGAGUCGCUUCAGAGCUGGAAGGUGCGAGGCGAGCGAGUCGCGAGGAGCGCGUAUUCCUGGUUCCGCCGACCGACGGUCUCGGUACUCAGCCUGCUGACGAGGCUUCUCCUCUCGGUACUGUCAUCGACGAUCCCGACUCCGAAUCCUCCGACUCCGACGCCGAUACUGCAUCUAUCUCGACGGACGGCGACGAGUCCGAUACCGAAGAUGCGUCGUCAACCGGCGACGAAGACGUUCCUUCGUCGCGCGAGCAAGGCUACUUCGACUUGCCGACCGACGCACAACUCGAGAAGUCCACCUCGCCGGAGCAUGCUGUUACCGAGUCGCCGCCACCUAUACCCGACAUUCGCGUCGAAGAGCAAGCGCAUGCCUCGUCCAGCAGUUCGUCGUCGGCCAACAUUCCCAUUCCCCCGCCCACCCCGAGUCGUCGCGGCUUGAGCCUCCCAGGCUUCGUCAAGCGUCGCUUCAGCAGCCAAAACAUCCUCUCAACCGCGAGUCAGCCGACUACUCCUGCCGCCGAAUCCGACGUUGCCUCAACCACCGACAUUGACAGCGCCGCGACCGCCUCGUCGUCGAUCGCGGCAGAGACGAAGAAGCGCAGGCGCUUCCCUCGUCGCCGGAAGUCGGCUGAUUUGGAUGCGGGCAUCGCCGACGGCUUGGUCGAGAUGAGUUUGGUGGCCGGAAGCGUCGGUCUCUCGCCGGCUGCGACUCCUGGGAAGCGGAAGGGACGACGUCGCUCGAAGAAGGGGGAGGACGGUGCGACAGACGGGAAGAGGCGCAGGUCGCGCAGGUCGCGCAAGACGCACCAUGGCGCCUUCACUCUCGCCCCGAACGACGGAAUCGCUGGACUCGUGCAGAUCGAGAUCACGGGCGCCAAGGACCUGCCGCGCUUCAAGAAUGCAUUCCGCACGUCCUACGACAUGGACCCGUUCGUCGUCAUCGCCUUCGGCCACAAGAUCUUCCGCACGAGGGUCAUCCGCCACAGCCUCAACCCGGUCUGGGAGGAACGCCUCUAUUUCCACGUCGGCGAGGCGGAGACGCACUGGACGAUCGGGUUCACCGUCUCGGACUGGGACAAGAUCUCUGGCAACGACCAUGUCGGCGACGUCGCCGUCCCGCUCGAGCAGCUUCUUGGCACGAGCAUACAGCACGACGACCGCGGCAUCUACCCAGCCGGCCCAGACGGCAAGCUUGUCGGCGACGAAUUCCAUGUGCAUGAGCUCCCGCUCAUCCUCAGCGACAAGGACGUGCAGGGCGUCAACCCGAAGCUUAUCAUCCGCGCCAAAUACACGCCUUACGCCGCCUUGCGCCAAUCGCUCUGGCGCGUCUAUGCAGCGCAGUACGACCUCGACGGCACGGGCGAACUCUCGUACGUCGAGCUGUUCUCGAUGCUCGACUCGCUCGGCUCGACCCUCACGAAAGAGACCAUUGAGUCGUUCUUCACGAGGUUCGGCAAGACGAUCGACGACGAGCUGUCGAUGGAGGAGGUCGUCCUCUGCCUCGAGGACGAAGUGCAAAAGCCGAAUGCGGAGCGACGGCAUGUCAGCGAAAACAGCGAUACCGGAGCGAACACGCCGGCUGGACCGGGUGCAGGCUUCGCUUCGGGUUUCGCGCUGCCUGAGCACUACCAGCCGGACGAGCUGCAGCAGACGGACCAGUCGUCCGACAUGAAGACGAUUCCUCCCGGCACCGAGAUCGUCACCGACACGGAGAAGGGCAAGGUCAUCACGGCGCCCGAACCAAAGGGUACCGUCAAGCCGCCGUCUUCGCCGUCUCGCGUCGAUUCUGCCGACCUGGGCGCGACCGACGAGGGCGACAUCGAGCGCGUGGUCAACAUCAAGGAGUGCCCGCUCUGCCGCAAGCCUCGCCUCAACGCCAAAGCCGAGGUCGACAUCAUUACGCAUCUGGGCGUCUGCGCCUCGACAGAUCCGAGCAAGGUGAACCGCGUCCUUGUCACCAACUUCGUCACGGCCUCGCAGGCGCAGCGCAAGUUCCUCAACAAGGUCUUUGCCAAGGUCACGAAGGGCCAGUAUGCCUUAGGUGCCGACUCGGCCAACAUCAUCGUGCAGGACCGCCAGACCGGCACGCUGCAGGAGGAGAAGAUGGCCGUCUACGUCCGCCUCGGUAUCCGCCUGAUGUACAAGGGCAUGAGCGGCAACAUGGAGGGCUCGCGAAUCCGCCGCAUGCUCGACUCGCUUACGAAAAAGCAAGGCCUCAAGUACGACAGCCCGGCGUCGGCGCGCGAGAUCGAGCCGUUCAUCCGCUUCCACAACCUGAACAUGGAAGAAGUCCUCGACCCGCUUUCCUCCUUCAAGACGUUCAACGAAUUCUUCUACCGCAAGCUCAAGCCUGAUGCGCGACCUGUUUCCGACCCGGAAGACCCGCGCACCGUGGUCUCCUGCGCCGAUUGCCGCGCCAUGUUCUUCCAGACCGUCGACGACGCGACCUCGAUCUGGAUCAAGGGCCGCGAGUUCACCGUCGCUCGCAUGCUCGGCGACUACUACAAGGACAAGGCGCCCCAGUACGAGGGUGGCAGUCUCGCCAUCUUCCGUCUAGCGCCGCAGGACUACCACCGCUACCAUAGCCCCGUCGACGGCAUCAUGGGCCACCACGACUACAUCGCGGGACAGUACUAUACCGUCAAUCCGAUGGCCAUCCGCUCGAACGUGUCAGUCUACAGCGAGAACGUCCGCCUCGUCGCCUCGAUCGACUCGCCCAUCUUUGGCGAGGUCCUGAACGUCUGGGUCGGCGCUAUGAUGGUCGCCUCGAUCCACAUGACGAAGCAGGAGGGCGAGCCCGUCAAGCGCGGCGAAGAGGCGAGUCCAGCUCCUUUCCCUUCUCAGCGCUCAUCGCUGACUUCCUCGAUCUGCAGACCGGCUACUUCGCUUUCGGAGGGAGCACGAUCGUCGUGCUCUUCAAGCCGAACACGGUCCAGUUCGACGCGGACUUGCUCAACAACUCGAAGAACUCGAUCGAGACGCUCAUUCGCGUCGGCACUCGCAUCGGUCGCGCGGUCGGAAAGUAGCGGAGGAAGGGAGGGAGGGAGGAGGAAUCGCUUUGGCUUGGGACAGACACUUUCGCAUGGGUAG